AUGGCUUCGGCUGUAGACACAAACCAGGACAAUGCGCAAGGCGACCUGACGAGCCAGGCAGGGCCGUCGCCACCUGCAGAGUCCGGCGCAACGCCGCCGCUGAGUCGCACCUUGAGCAGAAUCAACACCGAUCUCUCCUCCAGAGACAGCCACCGCGGCCCCAGCGAAAACAAUCAUGGCGGCGACAACGAUGGGGCGUUGCACAGCGCGCUCUCGAAUACGAGCUCCAUCACAUCGCCUCCUCCUUACUGGCCUCAUGCCAGCCUGCACCAGCGAAACAUCUCCAACUUAUCGACCGAGUCUUUCCUACCGGCGGAGGCAAUAAGGUUGCGCGACAACGACACAAACGACGACGAUAGGAACAGCGCAUGCUGGGCGAAGAGCGUGGAGAUUACGGACUUCAUCUUUGUGAACGGCAGUAAUACGAAUAUUGGCGCCUUCAUUGUGUGGAACAUAUCUGUCGAAACCAUGAAUGGAAGCUACAUGAACAUUCGGAAACGCUACUCUGAGUUCGACGACUUUCGACGAAAACUGACCCAGUCCUUUCCCAACUUCAGAGCGGCAGUGCCGGAACUACCACCCAAAAGCGCGAUAUUCAAAUUCCGACCCAAGUUUCUGGAAAAGCGCCGGGCUGGCCUGCAAUAUUUUCUCAACUGUAUUCUAUUAAAUCCAGAGUUCUCGGGAUCGCCUGUCCUCAAGGACUUUCUGUUUGCGUGA